AUGGAUCACCUCACUUUUAGAUUUCCAUCCAUUGGGAAACUUGUGGUAUGGUGCUUCCUUUUGACAAUCCAUAGCUCAGCAGCUCCAGGAAAGCAUGCCUCCCAUGCUCUUGAUGAAGAUCGCCUCUUCAAAAAGCUCUUCAGAGGCUACAAUCGAUGGUCCCGCCCAGUUCAGAACAGCUCGGAUGUGGUGAUCAUCCGCUUUGGGCUCUCCAUUGCCCAACUGAUUGAUGUGGAUGAGAAGAAUCAGAUGAUGACGACCAAUGUCUGGCUGAAACAGGAGUGGAGUGACUACAAGCUACGUUGGAACCCAACUGAUUAUGGCAACAUCACAUCGAUCCGGGUCCCUUCAGAACUGAUCUGGAUUCCUGACAUUGUCCUCUACAACAAUGCUGAUGGGGAGUUUAUAGUGACUCACAUGACUAAGGCUCACCUGUUCUUCACUGGCACAGUGAAAUGGGCACCACCGGCCAUCUAUAAGAGCUCCUGUAGCAUUGAUGUGACUUUCUUCCCCUUUGACCAGCAGAACUGCAAAAUGAAGUUUGGCUCAUGGACCUAUGACAAGGCCAAGAUUGACCUUGAGCAGAUGGAACAGAUGGUAGAUCUGAAGGACUACUGGGAGAGUGGGGAGUGGGCCAUCAUCAAUGCUGUGGGUACCUAUAACACUAAGAAAUAUGACUGCUGUGUUGAGAUAUACCCUGACAUCACCUAUUUCUUCAUUAUCCGGAGGUUGCCUCUCUUCUAUACCAUUAACCUCAUCAUCCCAUGUCUCCUCAUCUCUUGCCUCACUGUUCUGGUGUUCUAUUUGCCAUCAGACUGUGGUGAGAAGAUCACUCUCUGUAUCUCGGUCUUGCUAUCACUCACUGUCUUCUUGCUACUCAUCACUGAGAUUAUUCCUUCCACUUCCUUGGUCAUUCCACUCAUAGGUGAGUACCUACUCUUCACCAUGAUUUUUGUCACACUGUCUAUUGUCAUCACAGUCUUUGUCCUCAAUGUCCACCACCGUUCUCCAGGAACCCACAAUAUGCCCCAUUGGGUGCGAGUUGCCUUUCUGGGCUGUAUACCCAGAUGGCUUUGGAUGAAUCGGCCCCUUCCUGUCCUAGAGUUCCAUGAUAACCCUGGCCAAAAGCUAAGUUCCACUCAUCAUUGGUUGGAUACCAAUGUAGAUGAGGAUAAGAAAAGUGAAGAAAACUGGGAAUUUUCUGGCCAUUCAUCACCAGUAAUAGAUACUCUCUAUCAUCACUGUGGCCAUCACCAUGAAUCUCCAUGUUUCAAGGCUGGAACUCAAUUGCCAGAGACUGAAUUCCUUCUACCCCCCAGCAUACAAAAAGCCCUGGAAGGUGUGCAUUAUAUUGCUGAUCAUCUGAGGACUGAAGAUGCUGAUUUUUCGGUAAAGGAAGACUGGAAGUAUGUUGCCAUGGUAAUUGACCGGAUAUUCCUUUGGAUGUUUAUCAUCAUCUGCUUCCUUGGGACUAUCGGCCUUUUUCUUCCUCCACUUCUAGCUGGCAUGAUCUAAAAGUACAAGUCCUGAUCCAAAGGUGCCAUUUAGGAUGUCUUGUAGCUUCCCUGGAUAUCUAUAUUUGCACUUGAACUAAGACAUUGGGAGAAUAGGAAAUUCUAAUUCAGUCAGCCAUUUUAGAGUCAGUAUAAUGAGGCCAUUGGUUAUUCCAUUAGAGUUAUUGAACUAAACCAUGCUGGAAUUUGUCUGCCAUGAAGCUGUUGAUUAUUUCAUUCAUUCAUUCAGCAAAUAUUGGGUGCCUACUAUAAGCACCGCAUUAUCCUACAUGUCAUUGGGAACAUAAAAAAAAAAAAAGGUAAAAUGUAGUUUUGCUCUCCAGGAGCUUACAAUCUAAUUAGGAAAAGACAAUGUACAUUAAACAGUUGAGGUAUAAUACAAGGUAUUGACUGGAUUGGGGAAAUUAAGUUCUAUAGUGGCAGCCUAGGGAUAGAAAGCCAGGCCUGAAUACAGAUGGUCCUGAGUUCAAAUGUGGCCUCAGACACUUCCUAGCUGGGUGACCCUGGGCAAGUCACUUAACCCCAGCUGCCUACCUUUGACUGCUUUUCCACCUUGGAACUGAUAGUAUAGAUUCUAAGACUGAAGGUAAGCUUUUUUUGUUCUUUUUAAGUUCUACAGUAAUGGAAGGGGUGGGAGAUUGUAACGGUAAGCAAGUAUGGUAGGGAAGACUUCAGAGAAAAGACAAAGUUGGACUUUGAAAAACUGAAAUGUUUUGCCAAGUAAAAAGAGGGAAUUCUAGAAUUGUUGGUGUAAGGAAAACAGAAAUGGAUAGACUCAUUGGUAGAACAAGCAAUGAUUAUAGGAUCAUGGAUAUAGACCUUAAAGGCCAUCCCAUAAUCUUCACUUUAUAGAUAAAGAAACAGAGGUUUAUAGAGGUAUGGAUAUGACCUAUUGAAGGUCACACAGAUAGUAACUUGCCAAAUCAAAGUUUGCAUUUAGGACCCCCAGAUCCAAUAUGUUUUACUGAAUUAUUCUGAGCCAGUAAGGAAAUAAUCCUUGCUAGAGCAAAGAGUACAUGUUGGAGAAUAAUCAGAAGCACCACUGAAAAGGUAGUUUGGGGACUCGGAACAGAGUGGCUUAUAUAUCAGUCUGAGAAAUUUGGACUUAAUCCAAUAAAAAUUUUUGAAAAAAAUGAAUGACAUGCAAAAAUCAGUGUUUUAAGAAGGUUUACCUAGUGGAAAGGCAGCACAGUGGAUAGAGAGCCAGCUUUAAAAACCAGAGGCAGUAUCUAGUCCUUUGUCCAAAUCAUAUUGGCAAAUCAUUGAUACCUUGGUCAGCUCCAUAAGACUUUAGGUUUCAGAAUAGGUGACUUAGUCUUAAAAAGCUAUCCAAGGAUGUCCAUUCUUCCCCAUUCUACCUCCUGCUUCUGGAGUGCUCACUGAUUUCAUUCAUAUUUCAUUUUUUUUCUGGUAUGUGAAUAAAGAAUCUCAAAGAAGGCUUAACUCUCACUCUCAUUUUGAGGUCAUCUUUACCUGAUAUUUUAAAAAAUUAAUUAUCAUCCAAACCCCACCAUCUUGGUAAAGUGUUUUCAUUCCUUCCCACUAUUAUUUGAUGGCAUAUCCUCCUGCUCCCUGACCUUAGUCAGCAGCAACUUCUGGUAUCCUAGUUGAGCUGACACUGAUAUCAGGAUAGGGCCACCACUCCCAAUCACUGUCUCCAUUCCAAAGACCAGAAUACCUCUCAAUAACUCUGCAGUUAUUUUACUAUCCCUUAGCCAGGAUCCAUGCCUGUCCUCUGAUCCUUCUCCUGCAGAGAAGGCAGAUACACUGAAUAUUCAAACAAAUUCAUUUCUUCCAGGAUUAUAG